UCGUAAUGUUUUGGUCGCGCCUUACUGGUUGAUGAAGAGCGGUAGUGCCAGAAGCAAAAAACUAUGUGGUAAAAUGCGGACGUUUUUACCCGCAGUAGCAGAACAGCUUUUUGGAGACAUCCAGAAAAACUACGAAGAGACGACUCAAAUACCUGAUGACCUACUUAUUGCGCUGAAGUUUGUCUUCGGGACUUGUGCGCUGCAGGCGUUGGACCUGGUUGACCAGCGCUCCGUCACGUGUCUGUCCUCUCCCAGCGGUCGAAAAGCCUUCCAGGUCACUGGAGGUUCGGGCCGUUUGUACACUUGCUUCUUGUCCUGUCACUACUGCCCCUGCCCGGCGUUUACCUAUACUGUCCUACGCAGAAACCAAGGUCUGCUGUGCAAACACAUCCUGGCCGUCUACCUGUGUCAGGCUAUGGCUGUGACUCAACAGGAGAGCGUCUCUGAUCAGCAGAUGUCCGCGGUGCUGAGCGGGACCGAGGGCCCGUAGCGACCCCCGCUGUAUUUAUCUGAAAGAUAACAGAUUCUACUCUGUUUUCUUUUAGAAAUGUUCUUGAUCUCAAAUACUUACAGCUUUAUUUUUAGUUGCUUUUUAUCUGGAGCUCCAUCAUUUAUGGAGUGAGAGAACAUCUGGACACCGAGGUCACUUCCAAACCGUCUCAUGAUUUUUUCUCAUACGCUGCUACUAAAUAUAAUCUUGUCACUACUUUAAAAUGUGGGAAUAAAAUCCGACCUUACCAAU